GAUUUUUUGUGUUACAAUUAUGUAUAGCCUUAUUUUCAAAAUGUUCAAUCAAACGAUUAUUAAAGGUGUUUUUCUUCGUUUUGCUGGUGAUGCCAUUAAAUGGCCAACAAUUAUUCCUUUAGUUGGGGCCGCCCAUAUGAUAAUGGAAAGAGAUGCAUUAAAUAUAUUACAAGUUGUGGAAAUAUUAAAAGUAUUUUAA